AUGUCUGUUCCGCCAAUUUACAAUCCGGUAAUACCAUGUGUGCAUACAAUUCCCGGGGGUAUGUACCCAGGCCGUAUGAUCCGCUUUCAAGGAACUGUUCCUCCUGGUGCCCAAAGGUUUGCGAUAAACUUCCAAUGUGGUCCCAACACCGAUCCCCGUGAUGAUAUAGCACUUCAUCUCAACUUUCGCUUCAUUGAGAUGUGUAUAGUGAGGAACCACUUGACUGCGAUGAACUGGGGAAUGGAGGAGACCAGUGGCGGUAUGCCCCUUGUGAGAGGGGAAUCCUUUGAGGCCCUGAUACUCUGUGAACCUCAGUCAUUGAAGGUGGCAAUCAAUGGUGUUCACUUUUGCGAGUUCCCGCACCGUACACCGUUCCAACGUAUAUCGCAUUUAACUAUUGACGGUGACGUCAUGGUCAAUUUUAUCGGAUUCGAGGGCGCGCAGCCGCCUACCCAGAUGUAUAUGUCUGAACCACCGGCAUAUGGGGCAUAUGGAGCUCCGCCCCCCGCCUACGGAGCCCCGGGGUAUGGUGGUCCUCAAGGUUUCCAAGCGGGUAUUCCUCCCAGUUCAGGCGGUUACGCUACAACAUAUGCCGCACCGCAACAGCGACAAGGGCUCGGUACGGGCGCAGCUGUAGGGUUGGGAGUUGGUGCCUUGGCGGCAGGAGGUCUGGCUGGUUACGCCCUGGGCGGUGGAUUUAGCAGUGACAGCCCUACUCGUGAGGAACCGCAAGUGGUUGGAUUCUCUGAAAGUUUCGGCGGUGACGAUUGGGCAGAGUAA